AUGGCUGGCGACCAGGGCACGUGUGCUGCGCCGUCUCAGCUCUCGCACAUUGCCGCCUCACAGCUUGGCGAGGCACGCCGGUUCUGGGCGGACAAGCAGAUACGGACGGCGAUGCUGGUGCCGUGGGCCGAGGCGGUGACCGCAGCCUUCACGGGCCCAAUAUACCCUUUCUUCAUGCAAAACCUCGGCCUCGACGCGGGCGGCAUGGGCAAGCUGCGCACCGUGCAGCACGCGCUCAACGCGGCGAGCGCGCCCAUCGCUGGCUGCCUCCUCGAUGCACGCGGCCCCUUUCUUGGCAUCGCGCUGCCCGCGUCCCUCUGCGCGAUCGGCUGCGCCAUCCGAUCGAUGGCGCAGAGCACGAGCUGGCUCGUCGCGGCCAACGUCUUCUCGGGCCUCAGCGGCGCCAAGACGGAGAUGGCGACGGCGCACCUGAGCAGGCACACCGACCCGUCGCGCCGCACGUUGGCGGUGCUGACUGCGCUGCUGCCAGAGAGCACGUGGGGCAUGCUGCGCUUCCGGCUGCUGAUCAGCCUCUGCGUCUUCGGGUGCGGCUUUGGCGUGAUCGUGCUCUGCUGCUCCGCUGGUACGCUCGUCUUUUACUCCUCGGAGGCCGGAGCCGUCUUUCACUCCUCGGAGGCCGGAGCGCUGCAGCCCCGCACGUUGCGGCGGAGCGACGUGGACCUCGGCGCGGCGCGAGGCGCCGAGGUCGGCCGCUGCUGCGGCGACGCGGACGGCUCCGACGCGGCCACGGAGGAGAGCAGCAGCCACGACCCCGAGGGGUAUCCCGUCGAGGGCCGCCUCGCGGGCGCCUCAAGCUGCAUGUCGUCGCGGCUGCGGACGGCGCGGCUGGCGCUCUGCCUCGUCGCCCUCUGCCUGGCCGCCGCGACGCGCGACACGCUCGCCGUAGUGUGGCCGCUCUACCUCAAGGCGCACUUUGGCUGGGCGGAGAAGGAGUACGGCCUGCUGCUGCCGCUCCAGCAGGCCGAGCCCCCGAGAGGAAGGAGGGAUGCCGCCGCCUUUGGCCUCGUCGCGACGCCGCCGCUGCAGGAUGCGCUCGGCUCGCGCGCCUCGCUGCUGCUCGCCGGCUGCGGCGGCGCCUGCCACGUGAGCGCCUUGCUGCUUCGCGCGCCGAGCCCAAACACGGAGGGGCUGCACGUGCUGCUGUUCCUCGCCGGAGGGCUGCUCGGCGGCGCGACGGCGCGCGCUGGGCGGGCGCACGGCGUUGAGAGCGGCCGUCUCUUUGCGCUCCUCUCGAUGACGAAGCUCGGCGGCUCGGUGGGCGGCAGCCUCUACUGCACCGCCCAGUUUCAGGUGUCGCUCGACGCGGCGAGCGGGCCGUACUUCCUGCGCGGCGGCGCGGCGCCCGUCGUCUGGCUCGCCCUCCCCUCGCUCCUCGCCCUCCUCGCCCUGGCUUGCGUCUUGCCGCCGGCCGCGGGCGGGGAGAGGGACGCCUCGGGCUGCGAGGAGGUCUCCGUUGAGGAGGAGAGCAGCAGCAGCAUUGAGGCGAGCCCGAGGGUGAAGCGGCACGACCGCUAGAGGGGCAGAGUGAAAGUGUGUAUUUUGCGCGUUCACUAGCGGCGCGCGGCGUGUGCUUCUGUGCAGUCUCGCUGGGAGCGUCGCUGCGGACGGGCCGGUGUGGAGCCCCAGCGCGCGGUUCCGGGACACAUCACUCAUCAGUGCCGCAGUGCAACCCGCACAAGACCGUGCAGGGGGCGUCGCGUCACGCGUGUCGCGUGUGUGCUAUCGUCUCGGCCCUGUAAGUAGAGUACGGAUGUAUUCAUCAGUAAUCAAUACUCUAUGGACU